CUCUCUCCCUCCCUUCUCCUCCUCCCUCUGUCCACUUCAUGGAGCUCUCACUCUCACACUCAUCUUCUCUAACAAUUUCAGCGGUAACUGCUCCCUGCAACACUUAUUCAAUCCAAACUAAGAUACCCGUUAACCCCAAGUGCAAAUCCUUUGAGUUGCUGCUGAAAUGCUCCAAGAAAGGGCCUUCACUUGGGCUGUACAGUAGCAGAAUUGGCUCUAAACAUGCACCAAAACGAUCCCAGAGGCGUAACUCCAUCUGGGCCUCAUCUGAUAUUGGAGCAGCUGGAUCUGAUCCAGUGCUGAACAAAGUGUCAGCUUUCAAAGAUGCAUGCUGGAGAUUUCUUAGGCCCCAUACUAUACGUGGAACUGCUUUAGGAUCAGUUGCUUUGGUAGGGAGAGCAUUGAUUGAAAACUCAAACCUAAUUAAAUGGUCACUGCUGUUGAAGGCAUUCUCUGGUCUCGUGGCUCUAAUUUGUGGGAAUGGUUUUAUAGUUGGCAUCAAUCAGAUCUACGAUGUUGGCAUUGACAAAGUAAACAAACCUUACUUACCAAUAGCUGCUGGGGAUCUUUCAGUGCAAUCUGCAUGGUCAUUGGUGAUAUUUUUUGCUGUGACUGGUCUCUUGAUUGUUGGAUUAAACUUUGGCCCAUUCAUCACUUCCUUAUACUCUCUUGGCCUUUUUCUGGGAACCAUCUAUUCUGUUCCUCCACUUAGAAUGAAGAGAUUUCCUGUGGCUGCAUUUCUUAUAAUUGCAACGGUACGGGGCUUUCUUCUUAAUUUUGGUGUAUAUUACGCCACAAGAGCUGCCCUUGGACUCUCAUUUGAAUGGAAUGCACCUGUGGCUUUUAUUACAACAUUUGUGACAUUGUUCGCAUUGGUCAUUGCUGUUACAAAAGAUCUUCCAGAUGUAGAGGGAGAUCGCAAAUUUCAAAUAUCAACUUUAGCAACAAAGCUUGGAGUUAGAAACAUUGCAUUCCUUGGUUCUGGACUUCUGCUGGUAAAUUAUAUUGCUGCUAUAUUGGCAGCAAUUUACACUCCUCAGGCUUUCAGGCGUAACUUAAUGAUACCUGCACAUUUAAUCUUGGCAUCAUGCUUGAUUUUCCAGGCGUGGGUGUUAGAACGAGCAAAUUAUACCAAGGAAGCAAUCUCGGGGUUCUACCAGUUUAUAUGGAAUCUCUUCUAUGCUGAGUAUGCUAUAUUUCCUUUCAUCUAAAAUACUAGUCUGUACCUUUUUUGGUGUGCCCUUUCUAUUUUUCAUUUUUAGUUUCCCACAGAGAGAGAUAGUAGUUUGUUACAUAAAUUGCUGCAUAAUUUUGCAAUGUAGCUAACUUUGUUGUAUGUACAAUUUUGUAUAUCUUGCUAGGCAAAGAACUAAGAACUGUAUUUUGAUUCAUGCAAGUAAUGGAAUAAUAUGGAAAUUUUCUAUCCAGUGACUU